AUGUUUUGUGUGUGGGGGAUAGCCGCUACAAAAAUUCCCAUUACAAAAGAAAGAUUUGGCCCCAACGUGAAUGGAAAGUCAGAUGAAAAAAAUAUUCAGAAAGAUAAAUUGGAAGUCUGUGAUGAUGUCCUCCAGUCUCCAUUUCACAUCAAGCUUGGUCGUAUGAAACAGUUUGUUAAAGCCUUGAAUCUGUCGGGAAUAGGGAACAGUGUAUUAAUUAUUGUGAAUGCUCUAACAUAA